UGCAAAUUUAGGUCAGAGCACGAUUAGCAACUGCAAAUCACAGACGUUCUCUCCCCGAUUUUUUGAGGGUGAGUUGAGGGGUGAGAAACGGAUGUACACAGGCUAUAUAAACCUUGAAGAGCACAGACAUCAAGUGCUGAGCUUGGGCUACCCGUAUUUGACGUCAUUGAGCGAAAUUGAUAUAUUAGACUUCUUCUUGUCUUUUUAUUUGUUUUGUUUGCUUGUUGUUAAAGAGAGAGGCGUAUUGGUCUUUGUAGGGGAAGAGCGGCAUGCAGUGUAUUGAUCAGCAAGCCGGUUCAAACCCAAACACAGGGGCAAACGAUCAUGUCGAUCGCUACAGAGGCACAAGAUCACAGAUCACGAAAGAACAAUGCAUUGACCUGGUGAAGAAGUKKUUCUCUCUUCAAAUAACUCCACAAGCAAUGAAUGAAAUAAUAGACCUCCAAAAAUAUCCCGAUAGAACGUUAAUUUUGAAAGGAAAACUUCAAAGCUCCAGUCCAGAGGASGAUCCUGAAGAACAGCUAUUCGUUUUGAAAGUCUUCAAUUCUGUAACGACAAAAAACAAGCMUCUCCUUAAUGUGUUCAUUGAUGUUCURCUSUUCWUAAGUUCAAGAGAAAUCCGUUGCCCCGUUCCACAGAUGUCAUCAUUUGGUUCCGAAACUGUYUAUUUCCGAAUGUUCGAACCAAAUGUAAAUCGCGAAAGUAUAAAGGUCAUGACAYGUAGGGAUUAUGAAAGGGAGGUUUCGGAAGGAGUCGACACGAACAACGUGUUUGCUGCAGUGCUUUUCAGUUUUGUCCACGGUGAACUGUUGCCUGAUAUCGAAUGGACGAAAGAAGUGCUCAUGAGUUUUGGUUCAACCAUUGCUCGCUUGCAUAAAAGUCUUAAGAUGAAGAAACAAGGUGAAGUUGAGAGAGAAACAGUCAUGUGA